ACCAAAGAAAUUACCUAAAUGUAGAAGGAGGGGGAGGUGCGAAGCGCACAUGCACGACAUGUUGUCUGCGCGUCUGGUACAGUAGGGCUUGUACGCGUCGCGCGUCUCCUCCUCCUACAUUUAGGUAAUUUCUUUUUUAUUUAUUAUCUCGGAACAUUGCACUCAUCGAAAUCGAGUAAAAAAUCGAUUCCAAUUCAAAAUUGAACGCCGAUUUACCUAAUAACCAAAAUGCAGCCAUUUCUAUCGCAUUUCGAUUUCAAAGCUAAUUUUACUAGACUACCGGCACCGGAUCAUUGUUAUUUGUUUGUUGUCACCGUGUCUGCGCCUGCGCAAAGAGCGCGUCAGGCGUCUGGUCUUCUGAGGUUGGGUUAGGUCUUCAAACCGCCGCCGCGGCCGCGCGUCGUCUGCUUCACCGCUUGGAGCAUAUAUAGCUGUGAGAGCUGUGAGCUGUCACAUUAGUCGAGUGUUGACUGUUGAGGCCUACGGAGCACCAACAUCUCCGAAACGGAAAGGGUCGUUUUGGUGUUUGCAUAAAAAACCGCUGUCUAAAAGAUGUCUGUCAUGGAUGAUUUAGACGAGUUGGGUCAGUCACUUCCUCAAGAAAUGAGGGACCAAUUUACAAAUUUGAGAGAACUGGACUUAAGUGUGGAAAAUAAUGUGGAUAAGGCAAAAAAACUGGAGAGAAAACUGUUUGCCUCGGCUAAGAAAAUGGAUGGAAAGGAACGAGAAGCAGCCCAUGAGGAAGUCAUGAAACACUUCAAUAAAGCCAAAGAGGAUGCUGAUGAAAAGGUGGAAAUUGCAACUCGAACGCAAAACAUGAUACUGAAUGUUAUAAAGCAAUUAGACGCCCAGAUAGAGAAGAAGAAAGCUGAUUUGGAUAGAGAAAUUCCAGGGAGUUCUGAGAGAAUAGAAAGACUAUCAUUAGAAACAGAUGGACAUCCGACAAGCAGAAGCGGGAAGGUGCAUAAAUACGCUUUGAACCCGACGAAAGCUAAUGACAAGCAGACAGCAAAAAAGAAUUCAAAGUCAAAGCAUCUUACACGCAAGGAGAAGAAACGUCUAGAUUCAAAUGCAUCUUCUACCUCAGUAGAAAAAAACAUGGUUUAUCCUACUUCCAGCAGCAGUAUUCAAGAGCCUCGACCAGAUUCAGCUAGUUCUGGUGCCCUCGUGGCCCAGCAGCAGACGUCUUCAUUGCCAGUUCCAACGUCUGCAUCUAGUAUGGCUGGAUCGGCCAAUUCUGUUGUACCUGUUAACCUGGGGCACAUUGGACCAGGUGGUAAUGCCAUUGCUGCUGCGGCGUCACAAGCCAUUGCGGCAACGCAGCAAAUGCAACAAGGCCGCAGGACAGCCAGUCUGAAGGCUAGUUACGAGGCUAUCAAUACUGGAGGUGGAGUGCAUGCUGCAGAGUUCAGCCGGGAACUCGCUGGUGCAGCUCAGACUGCCAUUGCUGCAAUUCAGGAAUCAUCGAAGAAAAAUAAAAAAAAAGUUUCAUCGGUCAAUGGGGCAAGUACCAAUGCAAUACCAGCUUCCCCACAGCAACUGCAAGUUCAGCAGCAAAGCCCACAUCAACAGCAAACAGCAGCAGCUGCUUCCGCUGCACCCGUAGCUUCAGCACUCAGUGAUCAGACGGGUGCUCUUCCAGAGUCUCGACCAGCCUCAGCUAAUUCUGGUCCUCUCGUGGUUCAACAACAGUCGUCGUCUGUGGGUUCCACAUCAGCAGCGGCGGCCGCGGCACACGCCGCGGCUGCAGCUGCUGCCGCUGCACCUAGCUCAGGCGGACUAACCAAUUCCGUCGGACCGGUCAGCUAUAACCUAGGGCACAUCGGAGCUGGAGGCAAUGCCAUCGCGGCGGCAGCGUCACAAGCCAUUGCGGCGACGCAGCACAUGCAGCAAGGUCGAAGAACAGCCAGUCUGAAGGCUAGUUACGAGGCUAUCAAUACCGGGGGAGUGCAUGCUGCGGAGUUUAGCCGGGAGCUGGCCGGUGCUGCUCAGACUGCUAUUGCUGCCAUUCAAGAGUCCUCGAAAAAGAACAAAAAAAAAGUCACAUCGACGAACGUAACGAGUACCAACGUUAUACCGUCCUCGAUGCAGCAGCAAGCUGUCCACCAGCAGCAACAAGCUCAGCAGCAAACAGUUCAUCAGCAGCAGUCACAUCAGCAGCAAGUGCACCAACAGCAAGCAGCGGUAGCAUCCGCCACCGUCGCAGUAGCUUCAGUAUCGGGUCAUCAAGUUAGCGCAACAAAUAGUUCCGCGACUGCUGCUACGACAUCAGCUGCUCAGGCAAAUACAGUUGCUGAUCCAGACAAUCCUGACUGGACCUAUGAUCCCAACGAGCCGAGAUACUGUAUAUGUAACCAGGUUUCUUACGGGGACAUGGUUGCAUGCGACAAUUCCGACUGUCCCUUCGAGUGGUUCCAUUAUCCAUGCGUCAACAUAACGGCUCCACCGAAGGGCAAGUGGUACUGCCCCCAGUGCACCUCUUCUAUGAAACGACGAGGUGGUCGAAAGAAUUAGGAAGCAAGAGAGAAAGAAGAGGAGAAUGGAAAAAAAUAAAUAAAAACGCUUGCCCGCCACGGCCCAGGAUUCGCCACUACCUCUAAGGGUUUUCUCCGAUUGUCCUACGCGAUGGACAGCAGCGUCGGGAAGCCUUUAGUUAUUUAGGAUGCACGAAUAUCUCGUUAGAUUCGUGCUCUAAUACAACUGUAGUUAGCAAUUUUUUUUCAAAUUUGAAGAAAGGAGGAAAGGCGUCUACUGCAAUUCAAUCGUUGAAUGACGACUUCGUUUUUUCUUCAACCCGUCUUUAUUUUAAUAUAGUGCUCGAAGCAUUUUUCUUUGUAAAUUACGAUUUACAAUUUUUUUUCUUUUUUAAUAAAACUAUAUUUUUUAAAUAUCA